AUGUCCUUCUUAUCAUGUCGUCGGAACUCAAUGGCUUUAUUGAAACUAUAUGAUCUAGAAUCAUUAGUGAUACAUCAGUUACCUACUCCGACAGAUCAAGACACAUCCAUAUCAAAUGUAGAAAAAAAUGAGCACAACGACUGGAAAACUCACACAUCUCCACCAAAGCUGAAUUUUGAAGAUUUACCAAACGAAUUGUUACUUUUCAUUUUUCAAUUUUUACCGAUCAUUGAUUUACAGCGUGCCUUCUACAAUUUAAAUUUACGUAUAAAUACAAUUUGUUAUUCCCAAGAAUUUAAAUUGGACUUAACAAGUUUAAAGCCUGCAUUUGACUAUUAUUGUUCUAGUGAACAACCAUUUGUAUCUCAGAUCUACAGCUUAAAGUUAUCCGACGAAUACGAUCGCCUGUCAUUGUUCAAUCAACAUAUUGAUAUUAGUCAUUUCCAUCACUUAAGAGCAAUAACGAUCCGACAACCGUCUCCAGAAAAUCUUGAUCAAAUAUUGUCGAAAUUACAUUUGUUAACAGAAUUGUCUUAUUUGAAUAUUUACGGUGCAUUAAUACAAUCACCACAUAUAACAACAGCACUAUUUUCGAUUCGAUCAUUAAAAUGCUUGAUUUUAUACUCAUUUGAUCCAAUUGUAUUGGAUUUUACGGACAUUACGAUUUGUGCUUGGACUAAACUUGAAUAUUUAGAAUUGCAUAGUUGUUAUAUGACGAGUUUCUUAGAAUUAAUCAAAUAUAUAGGUCCAAAUGUUAAACGAAUGAAAAUACAUAUAAAUUAUAAGCGUCGUGAAAAUCCGGCAUCAAUCGAUGAGCAAAUAAUCAAUAAUCUACUAAGUGGUGAUGGUGGACGUUUUGAAAUACCCAUAUCUUUAAAUCGUCUUGAUAUGUCGUUUUAUUAUUUAUCAUUGACCGACUUUCAUCUCGUUCUAAAACUAUUUCCCAAUCUAAGACAUUUAGCAUUUUCAACGUCGACUUUCGAUAUGAACUUUGCUUCGGCAACAAUGUGGUACGAGUUUAUUACGAACAAUCUUUUAGAAUUAAAAAAGUUUCAAUUCUAUACACAAGUUACUGGCGAUGCUGCUCAACGAUGUCCAGCACCCGGAUUAGUUGAGUUAUUCAACGAAAAUCAUGAUAAAUGGAUUCAAGGUCCUGUCAUUAUGAAUUACAAUCAUCCUCUUAAGCCACCAACUUUAGAAUUCUAUACUUAUUCACAAUCUGCAUGGAAAGGAAAAUAUUAUGCAGAGUUUUAUGGCAAUGAAACGUACAUAUCAACAAAAAGUAAUAUAAUGGAUAUAUAUGACAAUGCAAAGACAUUGCGGAUUACACUAAAUGAUAAUAAUAAUGAACAACUGACGUUAUUAAAUCAAAACAAAGCAAAUUAUCCAAAAGUAACAACAAUCAGACUUCAUUCACAAAUGACACGAAGUGCAAGAGAAAACGAUUCCAUGAACAGCUUAAUUUGUUCUGACUUGAAGAUGUGUUUUGCUGAUUUGUCGAAAAUCACCGGACUCGAUAUUCCGGUAAAUCAACCGACGAAUUUUAAUUUUCCUUCAAGAACAUUGGUACGCCGCCUUCUCUGUAUAAUGCCGAAAAUCAGUCGACUGUCUUUACCCUACAGCUACCUAUUGGAUUUGUUCAAAGCACCACUUGUUAUUCACAUGCUUAAAAAAAGGAUUGACUCCGUUUCGAUUACAUUUAAUAGUGAUCCCCCACUAUUACAAGAUAUAAAUGUGUUUUUGGAUGGAUUCUCGACCAAUCUACGAUAUCUGUACAUGAUUGUUGAUACUACUUUUCCAGUCGACAAUUUUUAUGCUAUUUUACCUUCAAUACUUGAUGGCAAAUUCACCAAAUUACGUUUUUUUUCAUUAAAACUGUCAAAAUUACAAGGAGCACCACAAACAUUCAGUACUGAAUUUAAGCUAUGGCUGAAAGUCUGUUUGACUAUCAUGAUAAAGAAUGAUAAAAAACGAUCAAGUGCAAUUGAAUUUAAUAUUAAAGACAGUGAAUUUGCCGCUGCUUUUUGA